AUGGAUCUAAAUCGACAUCUAGGGAUGGGGGAAUCCCUUGAGCGAAGACACUCCGAUACAUCAUCAAUGCCUCAUUCUCAUCAAAUGACGGUUCAAGUUCCUUCCAGCCAAAGCCAAGCAUCUAACUUGGAGUUUCCUCAUCCUCAUUUCGCUGUCAUCUACCUUGAUCAUAAUGGCAAGCUCCAAGUCGAAGCCUCACCGUCCAUUGCAGGAUGUGGUGGAGCUAUCUUCACCCCAGACGUGACAGACCGAUUUAUGGAAAUGGCAUCACCCAAUACCCAACCACCUAUGCGAUUUCCCAACCCAAACCAAACAUCUCCCGCCCCAUGGGGUAUGCAACCAACUUUAGGAUGGAUGCAACCAGGUCAGGCUCUACCAGCAGAGUUGAUACCAUGUGAAUGGCAAUCUCACCAGACUCGUCGAAAGCGACGAGACCUCAAACGAGCGGGUAUGGCUCGACCUCGCCCAAAGUCAGCUUCGCCACCACCCACACCCCCGCCAGGACGAAGUGUUCUUCGUAUUGGGAAUCGGGAUUUACUGCGGCGGUACUACGAAAAGGCAUUCGAGGAUUUUCAGCAGCUAAACUGUCGGGCUAUCGCGAAAUCAUACAUCAAACUCGUGGAGCCAAGGAAGCAGGUCCAUUUCCCGUACAAUGGACGUAAAGUGAUUGCGGGAGUCUCACAGCGCGUUGAUCCUGAACUUACUAAACCUGGAUGGUGGCCUUCUGAUGUCUUACAUCGUGAGCCAGACCAUCUCUUGAAACGCGGUAAGCAUCACUUAUUCAGUCAAGGAAACAAAUAUGAAUACUCAUUCCAUCGCUCAGAUCGACUUCGCCUUUUGGUACAUAUUCUCUGUGAGCUCAAAGAUAGCCAUGGAGUUACGGCGUACAAACUCCGUGAGGCUGGUCAGGAUGUGCGGCGUCAGAUCAGCCCAGCCCAUCGACUACAAGUUCUAGAUGAGAUCUACUUUGUUCGACAAAUGGAGGAACGAUACAUUGACGGGGAUAUCGACGGCAGCACACUAGUUCAGGUGACGCACACCCAUCUUCCUGAAGCUAGUUACCAAGACGAAGAAAUGUCAAAUGGGGUACAUACCACCCCCAUUUCCGCAGUUGAUACCGAGGACGAUAAACAAGAUCUCGCCGAUGACCAUGGUCCCCAUCCAGAUGACAGCGACCAAUUCCCUAUAGCCAAUUCCCAAGGAUUGCCUUUGUCGCCUUCCACCAGCGAGUCAAGUGGUCCGCAUAGUCCCACGACCACAGGCUAUAAUAGUUACCCUGUGGGUAUGCCUCCAACUAUGUUGCCUCAACAGCCACCGAACACAUCGAAACCCAUGCCGCCGGACCCUAAUUCCAUACCAGGGUACUAUGCGCCACCACAUGCAUAUGUCCCAGAGAAAACCACGGGAUAUUGGCCUAACAUGCCUUCAAUGCCACAAUUUGGAUAUUGA